AUGUUGAAAUUACAGAAUUGGAAAGCGAGAUAUGGUGUUAGUGAUAGCGCAUUCAAUGAUUUGCUCUCGACAGUUGGCUCAUUCCUACCUCAGGAUAAUACAUUACCUGUUAACUCAUACGAAGCAAAAAAAACUCUUUCGAAUUUAGGCCUCGAGUAUACAAAAUUCCACGCGUGUCCCAAUGAAUGUGUUCUAUACAGGGGUGUAUAUGAGACUACUUUGGAGUGUCCAAAGUGCAAGCUUUCUCGCUGGAAGGUGGGUAAGGAUGGUAGAGAACGGUAUAAAGUCCUGGCAAAAGUUAUGUGGUACUUUCCGGUCAUUCCAAGAUUUAAACGGAUGUUUAAAUCUUCUUCGACAGCUGAGUUGUUGACAUGGCAUUCCACCAACCAAAGAAUUCAGGAUGGACAGAUGCGCCAUCCUGCCGACUCACCUUCUUGGCGGAAUAUCGAUUACAGGUGGCCUGCCUUCGGAAGUGAGCCAAGAAAUCUUCGACUAGCUUUGGCGGUUGAUGGUAUCAACCCACAUAACAAUGGGCUGACCAAUCGUUAUUCUUGUUGGCCGGUAGUAUUGGUAACAUAUAAUCUUCCUCCGUGGUUAUGUAUGAAGAGGAAAUUUAUGAUGUUAACUAUAUUAGUCUUCGGUCCACAUGAACCAGGUAACAACAUUGAUGUGUUCUUACAACCGUUAGUUGAUGAUUUGAAAAAGCUUUGGGAAGAAGGUGAACCGAAUGUAUAUGAUGCCUUCACAAAAUCUUUUUUCACUUUAAGGGCUGCUUUGUUAUGGAUGAUUAAUGAUUUCCCGGCAUAUGGUAAUUUGUCUGGCUGUGUCAACAAGGGUUAUUUGGGUUGUCUAGUGUGUGGUGGUGAUACUGUUGCUAACUACUUGCCUUAUAGUAGGAAAAUAUGUUACCAAGGUCAUCGUCGGUAUUUACCUAGACAUCAUCCAUACAGGAAGAAUGAAGUAGCCUUUAACGGUCAACAAGAGUUUGGGCAGCCCAGGCCACCCCUUUCUGGACAAGAGGUGUUAGAACAACAAGAAAACAUUAAGUUUUCUUUUGGAAAGGAAGUAAGGAAGUCGAAGAAGGUGGAUUGUGCUUGGAAUAAGAACUCUGUAUUUUUUGAGUUUGAAUACUGGAAAUUCCAUUAUGUUCGUCACUGCCUUGAUAUUAUGCAAGUGGAGAAAAAUGUGUGUGAUAGUCUUAUUGGGACGUUAUUGAAUUUAAAGUUCAAGUACAAAGAUAGCGAGGCGUCUCGUCUUGAUAUGAUGGACAUGGGGGUUAGGACUGAUUUAGCUCCAGAACAAGGAGUCAAAAAAACUUAUCUGCCUCCUUCCUGUUUUACUCUAACAAAAGCAGAAAAAAGAAAAGUGUUGAAGUCACUAUCAUCAAUGAAGCUGCCAUAUGGGCAUUCCUCAAACAUCAGAAAUUGUGUAUCCAUGGCAGAUUUAAAGAUAUUUGGGAUGAAGUCUCAUGACUGCCAUGUACUUCUUCAAUAA